UACAGUGUUAUGAAGAAGAAAAAAAUCUAAUUGAAAUAAUAAUAGGUCCGUUGUGCACGUACCUCAUGUAAACAAAAGGCUGAAGAGCAUCUUUUGAGGAGCUCGGCACUUCGCACAGAUGGCAGCCCCAGUUAGCCAGAAGGAAUACCUUAAACGUUACCUGAGUGGUGGUGAUGAUGACAAAAAGAAAAAGAAGAAGAAAAAGAAGGACAAAAGUGCAACAUCAAGUAAAGGAAUGAGGAUCAUUGAAGAUAAUUUAGGCCUAGACAAUGUUCCCUAUGGCUACACUGAAGAGGAUGAUAACCCUACAAUUGCAGAAGUGACAUAUGAAGAUGAUAAGAUAAAGCACAUGGAGGAAUUUGAAAAGAAUAAAAAAUGGAAGAAGAUAAUUACAGACCAAGAGAGAGAGAACCAGGAACGCAAGAGAGAAGGGGAUGACAUCUCCUCUCCGCGGAGGCACAGGCAUGACUCACAGUCACCUUCUCCUGAGAGGUUUAACUCAGAUAUUGGAAGGAAGCAAGAUUCUCAUGAAUCACCGCUGAGAAGGAGAAGACAUGAUUCAGAUGACUCACCACCGAGAAGAAGACAUGAUUCAGGUGAGUCUCCCCCAAGAAGAAAGAGACAUGAUUCAGAUGCUUCGCCUCCAAGAAAAGUUGGAGAUCCAGAUGCUUCACCUCCAAGGAGAAAAAGACAUGAUUCAGAUGCCUCCCCUCCUAGGAGAACAAGACAUGAUUCAGACACAUCCCCUCCUAGGAGAACAAGACAUGAUUCAGACACAUCCCCUCCUAGGAGAAUGAGGCAUGAUUCGGAUGCAUCUCCUCCUAGAAAAAGAAAUAUUAAUGCCUCGCCUUCACAUAGAAAAAGGCAUGACUCAGAUGCAUCUCCUCAGAGAGCUGAUUCGGAUACAUCACCUCCAAGGAAAAGACCAAAUGUUCCUGUUUCAACCUCACCACCAAGGAGAAAGAGGAAUGACUCUGACUCAUCACCAGUCCGUAGAAAGAGAAAUGAUUCAGAUGCAUCACCACCAAGGAGGAAGAGAAAUGAUUCAGAUGCAUCACCACCAAGGAGGAAGAGAAAUGAUUCAGAUGCAUCACCACCAAGGAGGAAGAGAAAUGAUUCAGAUGCAUCACCACCAAGGAGAAAGAGAAAUGACUCUGAUUCAUCACCACCAAGGAGAAAGAGAAAUGACUCUGACUCGUCGCCUCCCCGACGGAAGAGAAAUGACUCUGACUCGUCGCCUCCCCGACGGAGGGGGAAUGACUCUGACUCUUCCCCACCAAGAAGGAAAGGGGCACCUCAAAAUAGCUUGCCACCUCCAGGUGCUUACAAGGAGGAGCGCCUUGAGCGCAAGAUGACCACCCAGGAAUACCUGCGGGCCAGGAAAUUUGGGAAGCUGAAAAAGGAUACCCCAGAGGACCUGGCCCGGAAAGAGCGGGAGGCAGUGCUUCAGAAGAAGGCUGAGGUGCAGCACCAGCAGUGGAAACACGGUGUCAAGCAGGUGCAGGCCUAUCAACAGAAGUUGGAAGAUGACCAGCAUGAGAUGGGUAAGGCCUUUGCACGAAUGGCGGACGAUGUGGACAUGAACAGCCAACUCAAGCAGGUCACACGCGAGGAGGACCCUAUGUUGGAAUACAUGAUGAAGAAGCAGAUGAAAGAGACCAAACAGCCCCUGAAGCCCUUGUAUAAAGGCCCUUUCCCUCCAAAUAGAUUUAACAUCAGACCGGGAUACAGAUGGGACGGUGUUGACCGUUCCAGUGGCUUCGAAAAUCAGUGGUUUGAGAGACAGAACAACAGGAGAGCAGUUGAGGAGGAUGCCUAUAAAUGGAGUGUUUCUGACAUGUAGACUUGGGGCUUAGAAUCAUCAAAACUCAUAUUUUGGAAUAUUUUAUUUCAAAUCUGAUAGAUCUUCACACUAAUUUCAAUGUAUACACAU